AUGCACUACGACAACCAAGCUUUCAGCAAAAACGGCCAAAACACACUGGAGUCUUUAGCGGAUCCCAACAGAUCCUUGGGGAAUAUGGAUGAUUUUAGCAAAAUUGACAUAAAACAGCUGUUAAAGAGUUACCCCUGCAAGGCUGGGGAUAAGAAACCAAAAGACAAGAAAAAGGAGAGAUCACCAGAGAGUAAGAGCGUUUUUUUUUUAUGCUGUCCGACAGGGUUUAACUACACUACACGAGCUAACUCUCCUCUCUUUCAGCUAUCCGACUCAUCGUUGCCGCAAAAAAAAAAAAUUUAUAUAAUUUACCAAAAGUUAGUCUGUAUAUUGUUCGCUAAUUUGUACAAUAAACAGUCGCAGUGGGACGGAUCCAACAGAAAUUACAAUGUUUGCUGUCCCCUGUAUGAAAUAUUCUGUUCAAUUGAGUAUACAGAGUAACCUUGGAUUCCGUUGGUUUUAUUUUAACUUUGUUCUCUAAUUGGCUCAAGAAACACGCUUCACCCUCUCCACCAAUCAAAAUUAGGUCUUAGGCAUUUCAUCAACCGCGUUUUCCCGCUUUCAGGCGGUUUACUUGUUUUUACUCCGUGUUCUCAUUGGCUUCUUCCGAUAUUUUCCUUUGUUCUGAUUGGCCGUAAGGAUAAGUUGUGGUUUUAAUUUUACGACACUGAAAUAAAAUGCCCUCUUAUUAGAAAGAGAGUUGACGGGUCAUUUCUCUUCCAGGUAAAUGCCUUGAUGUCUAUCAAAACAGAUGUAAAUAUUUCGCAUCUUACGAUGGAUAUUGCCAACAUUGGAAGUCGUUCAUGAAAAAGUGGUGUCCCUAUUCCUGUGGCUACUGUAAAACAGAGUCGCCUGGUGAGCUGAAUUGCAGUUUUACCUUAUCAAAUAUCGUCUAAUUAUAGCUUGUGAACAAUCCUUAAUUUGUGUUUUCAAUGUACUGCCUUUUCAAGGAGAACUCAUCUUCCUUUGUCGAUAUUGCCAAAGCUGAUGGCUUUAACAACCAGUAUGAGACAACCUAGAACUUCGUCGACCGCAUGGAGUUGCAAUUGCUGAUUUAUCAAGCUGUUUUAAAGCUUACCACAUACAAAGUAAAAGCCUGACUCAGUAUCGAAUUCUAUAAAGCUCAGUUGUGGAGCAUCGAAUCACGAAAUUACGCUCACGAGAUCCAGAGGCCUGGGAUUAAAUUCUCUCCAGAGAGAAACCCUUUUUUGCUGUUGUUUUCUGUCCCUCGCUCCUAAGAAAAUGAAUAAAAUCUUUCUAUCCUGUUUCAAAAUACGCGGAAAAAACUUGUCUGAUUAUUUCCUCAGUCGAAAAAUCACUUUUGAUUUAGGAAAUAUAAACAUUUCUCCCGCAAGUUCCAGAAAGUUUCUAACUGACAAUUAACCCCACUGAAUUUUAGAUGUUCAUGUACUUCAAUAAGAAAAUCCUAGAGCUAAGCUUAUUCUUUUUUUCUCAAUUCUUUUCACUCACAGAUAAAAGGCUGAAUAUAUGGAAAGGAGAAAAUGACACAAAGUGAAAGGCUCACUGGUUAGAGUGCAUUUCCAUUAGGUGUCGUGAAACUAACUCAAAGUGAUCACCACAGUCGAACAGAAAAAAGAAACUACCACAAGGAGCCCUGGAGAACGCAAAGGAAAAACAAAAAAAAAUGCCUGACGCGCGGGAAACGCGAGAGACGCAAGCGCGAUUAGUUUUGGUUUUGCGUCUGAUUGGUCGAGAGGUUGGCGCGAGUUUCCUGGCCCAAUCACAGAAUGUCUGAAACGUCAUCAGCACUGUAUAUCUAGC